AUGAGACUGAUUACCCUUCUUUUGACUUUAAAAUUGUCUCAGUUUCAUCUUGGUGGUGUUGUAUCCGUAGCAGCGAGAGGAUGUGCAAUGAACCAGAGAGAAAUUAUAGAACGCAGAAUAGCUAGAGCUGGAGGUGGAUUGUUCGGAGAUGCGGCGGGAUACGAAACGAGAGGCAUUAGUAAAUUUGGUCUUCGAUAUUAUUAUGGUGAACGCGGAUGGAAAGUCGGCAGUUCAUCAUCAGACAGUUUUAAUACUGACUCAUUCCGCUCUACUGUAUUUACUCCUUCAGUCUCUCAAUCUCAUUCUUCGAAUCCUUCAAAUUUUUGGGUCAUCUCCUCAUUUAAUACGCCAGUUAGAUUUGACAACCGUGAAUACUACUGGAAUGUUACACAAGCUAGAGAAAGUAUCACUUCGAAAGUUUUCUGUGAAUAUCAAAUUGGAGAAGACGAUGGGCAACUGCAAACUACAACCUUCCUAGACGGAACACUUGUUAAGUCUAUAUAUUUCGGAUGUGCUGGAACUGCAGUUGAUUGUUGUGGAAUGUAUUGCUGUCAUGUUUUCGAGGACUACGUGGAAUCUACUAUGAGACUGACAAUCGUCCUUUUGACUUUGCAAUGGUGUCCCCUUAUUUCCGGUGCUGCUUUUGUAUUUCAUGCUGGAAAUGCGGGAAGAUCUAUAGACUUGGAAAGAAUGAUAAAAUUACGCCAAGAACAGGAAGCACUCAGAAUGGCUAGAGCUGGAGGUGGACUGUUUGGAGGAGCUGCGGGAUACAGUACCAGAGGAAUCAGUACAUUUUAUUUUCGAAAUAAAUAUGGUGAACGUGGAACGAAAGCCGGGUCUUUUUCAUCAGUCAACUUUGGAACAAGAUCAUUCCGAGCAGUAGUAUUCAAUCAAUCUUCUUCUCAAUCCUAUUCCUUAAAAUAUAAAAAUUCGUGGGUUAUCCCAUCAUUCAACAGACCUGUUAGAUUCGACAACCGUGAAUACUUUUGGAAUCUCACACAAGCUAGAGAGAAUAUCACUUCGAAAGUGUUCUGUGAAUAUCAAAUUGGAGAAGACGACUGGCAACUGCAAAGUACAACCUUCUUAGACGGAGAACCUGUUGAGUCUAUAUAUUUCGGAUGUGCUGGAUCUUCAGUUGAUUGCUGUGGAAUGUAUUGCUGUUAUACUAUAGGCGACUACCUGGUGCUGUGA